UGCAUCGCUCCUGUGAAAAGUCAGGUUUUUCUCGUAGGUGGAAGAAAUCGCUCUUUGGCCUGCGUCCCCACAGAGAAAGGAAGCCUGAGGAAGAAUGGCCAGCUCUAAUUGUCAGGACAUGGUCUGUGAAUCAGUGACAUUUAGGGAUGUGGCUGUUGACUUCUCUCAGGAGGAGUGGGCCUNCCUGGAUGCUACUCAGAAGGUCUUAUACAGGGACAUGAUGUUGGAGACCUACAGCAACCUGGUCGCAGUGGUGGGAAGUUGCAUUUCCAAGCCAGCUCUGAUCGUCUUACUAGAGCAGGAGAAAGAGCCCUGGAUGGCUGUGAAGGAAGAAACAGACAGGCUGAGCCCAGACUUGGAGGUGGAUUAUGAUGCUGAAAAUUUAUCUCCAGAGAAUCCUAUUAAUAAUAGAAAAUUUCUCGAACAGAGCAUAAAGCAAUUAAGUAGAACUUUUGAUCCCAAGGACUCUAGUACUAGAAUUGGCUCCAACUAUAGUACAUUCCAUGGACUUCAGGAUUGUCAAGGAGAUGCUGAUCAAAAGAUUACUAGCAAGGAAGAAAUGCCUCCUUAUACCAGCCAGACUCUUGCUCACAAUCCAGAAAAGGCAUAUGAGUGUAAAGAGUGUGGGAAGUGCUUCGGUUGUAGGUCAACUCUCACUCAGCAUCAGAGUGUUCACACUGGAGAGAAGCCCUAUGAGUGUAAGGAGUGUGGGAAGGCCUUCAGACUCCCCCAACAGCUCACAAGACAUCAGAAAUCUCACAGUGGUGAGAAACCUUUCAAGUGUAAUGAAUGUGGGAAGGCUUUUCAUCUUCCUGACCUGCUCAAGUACCAUAAAACCAUUCAUACAGGUACAAAACCAUUUGAAUGCAGAGAAUGUGGGAAGUCCUUCAACCGUGUCUCUAACCUUGUUGAACAUAGGCUUAUUCAUGCUGACGUGAAACCACACAAAUGUAAUGAGUGCGGGAAAGCCUUUAAAAGAAACAAAAGCCUCAUGCAACAUCAGAAAAUUCAUUCUGGUGAGAGACCCUUUCAGUGCCAUGAAUGUGGUAAGGCCUUCAUUGUUCUGACUCAUCUCACUAGGCACCAGACUAUUCAUACUGGAGAGAAGUCAUUUGAGUGUAAUGAAUGUGGCAAGAAAUUCAGAACUGCCACACACCUUGUUAUGCACCAGACUAUUCAUACAGGUGAGAAACCAUUUGAAUGUAAUGUGUGUGGGAAGACUUUUCGGCUUCAGGUAUAUCUUUCUGAGCAUCAGAAAAUUCACAUUGAAGAAAAACCUUUCAAGUGUAAGCUCUGUGGGUCAGCCUUCAGACGUAAGUACCAACUUAGUGAACAUCACACAAUUCAUACUGAUGAGAAACCCUAUCAGUGCAAGGAGUGUGGGAAAUGCUUUCGUCAAAGGUCCAAUUUUACUGAACACCAGAGUAUUCACACUGGAAACAAACCCUUUGAGUGUAAAGAAUGUGGAAAGUUCUUUAGACUUAAUACACUUCUCAUUCGUCAUCAGAAAUCUCACAGUAGUGAGAGACCUUAUGAUUGUAAAGAAUGUGGAAAGGCUUUCCAUCUUCCCAGUGAACUUAAUAACCAUCAAAUUGUUCAUACAAGUAAAAGACCUUUUGAAUGCAAGGUAUGUGGGAAGUCCUUCAAGCGUGAAUCCACCCUCAUUCAACAUAGUGUUAUUCAUGGUGGUGUGAAAUCAUAUGAAUGUAAUGAGUGUGGGAAAGCUUUUAUUCAUCGCUCAAGCCUGUUCCACCAUCGGAAAAUUCAUUCUGAUGAGAAGCCUUUUAAGUGUCAGGAGUGUGGAAAGGCCUUCGUUGUUCUGGCGUACCUCACUCGGCACCAGAGCAUCCAUACUGGAGAGAAACCAUUUGAAUGUCGGCAGUGUGGGUCAGCCUUCAGAUAUAAGUCCCAACUCAGUAAACAUCAGAGAAUUCAUAGUGAUGUGAAACUCUUUCAGUGCAUGGAAGGUGGAAAUGACUUUGUUCACAGAACGAACCUUAGCAUUCAUCAGGAAAUCCAUAGUGGUGAGACUCCCUUUCAGUGUAAUGAAUAUGGGGAAGCUUUUAAAACCAUUACCAAUUUCCUUGGACAUUUUAGAAUCCAUAUUGAUAAGAAUCCUUAUGAAUGUAAAGAAUGUGGGAAGUACUUUACACAUGGCAGAGAAGUUAAAGUACAUCAAAGAAUUCACAUUCGUGAAAAACUAACAGUGUUAAGAAUGUGGGAAGACUUAGUUGAAUAUGAAACUUGUUUUGACAUUCUACAUAUAUUAAUAAGAAGUCAUGAUGUAAGGAAAAUGAAAAGGCCUGCAGUAAAUUCUAAGCUAGCUAGCUGUAUAUCAGAGAAUUUCUACUGAUGAGAAAUUCUAUGAAUAUGAGUAAGGUGGCAAAAUGUUAAGAUUUGGUUCAGCCUUCAUGCACAGUGGCAAAUUCAUAUUGGUAAUAAACCCUAUCACUGUAAAGAAUGUGCAGAGAGCUCUAAUUGGAACUUAGUUCUUCUUCAAAAUCAAGCCAUGCUGGCUUCAAAUGUAAUGUAUACAAGGAAUGUGCGAACAUUUAUAGAAUUAGCUGUUAAAGUUCAGAGAGUCUGUAUAGGUCUGAAAUCCUGUGAAUGUGAAAACUCAGGAAAAGCCUUUAUUGCAAAUGGUGAGCUUAUACAGCAUGAGAAAAUCCAUAAUCUCUAGGAGGCCUAUGUAUGUAAAGAAGGCGGACAAGCCAGUGUAUGAAAAUGUUACUGAACACCAGAGAACUCAUAUUGGGAAGGUUGUGACUUAAAGAAUGUGGGAACUUUAAUCUGUCCUGGGAUUUGGUCAACAUCAAAAUAUUUAUGCACUGUUGCUGCCAAGAAUCCCUUUGGAAUGGGUAUGUGGAAAGUCGGUUGUUCAGAGAACUCUGUUGAGAAUGUCUUUUAUUGUCAGAAAUACAGGGUAGUGACCAUGUUCUUGAUUUACUCUCAUCACCCAUUAGUCACCACGGGCUGUCAACUAAGAGAGAGCAGUUAUUGCAACUGGGUUUGUCUGAGAUGAUUUUUUUUCCACCAUGGUUCCUGUGAUAUUAGAGUAGAUGUUUACUUUUUGCAUAAUUUGUUAAUGGCCAUCUUAGGACCAACCAAAGUCAUGGCAACAGAUUUAUUAAUAGAUAAUAAAAAUCUUUGACAGUAUUUGGUCAAUGCCCAUGUUCUAUAAUAUAGCUUUUACAUAGUUCUAGUUUCAUGAGCAUUAGUAUAACUGACAUGAAAGCCUAAUUGCACUUUAGAUAGUUUAGGAAAGUCUCAUGCUUUUACCCACUGUUAAAUUUUAAAUAACUUUAUUCUGAAUAUAUGUAUGGGAUGGUUAGGAACUUGAAAGUAUUUGAAUUGUGAGUCCAUUUCUUAAGUAUUUGUGUGGUAAAGUUUUAAAACACAGUCAUUGAUGAAUAAGAACUUCAUAAAGGUGUAAAAACCAUAAAAAGUUUAAAAGUUAAAAUCCUAUUAUUUAUGCCCUCUCGAUUCAUGAAGAUAAACUACAUUUGUGAUAGGACAAGAAAGUUCUUGAAUUUCCAUCUCUUAUUCUUGCUGAGAACAUUUUAACUUCAACUAGAAUUUGAUUCCCUCCAUGGAGAAUCUCAUGGAACAUCCAAUUCUACUGGAGGUCAAAUUGCCUCUGAUAAUUUAUUGUGACCUCUUUUUAAACCUCCCACUCCAGCUCUCUGCUUAUCUUGGCACCUAUUAAACUGCCUGCUUGGGCAAAAGUUCCCCCUGCAGCUGCUGAGCAAGAUAAUAGAAUGUGGUUUUGUUCUAAAUGCUUGGGAUUAUACUUGGGUCCCAAAUACCUGAAUGUACUCAGAGCUGGCUGGAAUAAAGAAUUUCAUUUGGCUCUUAACUGUGUCUGAGUGGGCAUCUCUGGUGGGCAACCUGUAACACCUUUACGAAAUAGCCAGUUUGAAACUACUUAUAAAAAUACAUAUGUGAAAUUUCUCAUCCAUGUUGAAAGCUUGGACUAGUCAACACAUAUCUGUGUCCUCACCUAGACUGAAAACUGUCAACAAUUUACAAGGUUGACCCUGCUUUUCUGUGGUUAUAGAUUUGGAGAUGUGCUAUUAAUAUGUUUUAGAGCUGUAUAUGGCAAAGCAUAUCUGAAUCCUAGUUAUUAUAAAGCUGAAUUAGGAGAAUCAAGAGUUGGAGGCAAGGGGCUGGAAAGAUGUUUCAGCAGUCAAGAGAACUGACUGCUCUUCCAAAGGUCAUGAGUUCAAU